CCCCGUCCCCGGCGCCGAGCCGAGCCCCGGGGCCGCCUCGUCCCUUUGUGUGCGCCGCGACCGGGCACCGGCGGGAGCGAUCCCGGGAGCCGCAGCGAGCGCCCCGGGGCCCGGCCCCCCCCCGGUGGCCCCCAUGAAGGAGCCCGACGCCAUCAAACUCUUCGUGGGGCAGAUCCCGCGGCACCUGGAGGAGAAGGACCUGAAACCGAUCUUCGAGCAGUUCGGCAAGAUCUACGAGCUGACCGUCAUCAAGGACAAGUACACCUACACCGGGAUGCACAAAGGAUGCGCUUUCCUGACCUACUGUGCCCGAGAGUCGGCCCUGAAGGCGCAGAGUGCUCUGCACGAGCAGAAAACCCUCCCGGGGAUGAACCGGCCCAUCCAGGUGAAGCCGGCGGACAGUGAGAGCCGAGGAGAGGACCGCAAGCUCUUCGUGGGGAUGCUGAGCAAGCAGCAGGCGGACGAGGACGUGCGCAAGAUGUUUGAGCCCUUCGGCACCAUCGACGAGUGCACGGUGCUGCGCGGCCCCGACGGCACCAGCAAAGGCUGCGCCUUCGUCAAGUUCCAGAGCCAUGCGGAGGCUCAGGCCGCCAUCGCCGCGCUGCACGGGAGCCGCACCCUGCCGGGAGCCUCCUCCAGCCUGGUGGUGAAGUUUGCGGACACGGAGAAGGAGCGGGGCCUGCGGCGGAUGCAGCAGGUCGCCAGCCAGCUGGGCAUGUUCAGCCCCAUCGCCCUCCAGUUCGGGGCCUACAGCGCCUACACGCAGGCGCUGAUGCAGCAGCAGGCGGCCCUGGUGGCUGCCCACUCGGCCUACCUCAGCCCCAUGGCCACCAUGGCCGUCCAGAUGCAGCACAUGGGCACAGUCAACCCCAACGGGCUCAUCGCCACCCCCCUGCCCCCCUCCUCAGGUACCAGCACGCCCCCGGCCAUGGCCGCCACCCCGGUCCCCGCCAUCGCGGCCCCGCUCAGCGUCAACGGCUACAGCCCGGUACCGGCGCAGCCCGCGGGGCCCCCGGCGCCCGAGGCCGUGUGCGGGGGGGUCCCCCCCUUCCCAGCCCAGAGCCCCGCGGCCCCCGGAGACCCCCUGCAGCAGGCGUACGCCGGCAUGGGGCACUACACAGCCGCCUACCCAGCAGCCUACGGGCUGGUGAGCCCGGCCUUCGCCCCCCCGGGACCCCUGCUCGCUCCCCCGCCCCCCCCGCAGCAGCAGCAGCGAGAAGGCCCCGAGGGCUGUAACAUCUUCAUCUACCACCUGCCCCAGGAGUUCGCCGACACCGAGAUCCUGCAGAUGUUCCUGCCCUUCGGCAACGUCAUCUCCGCCAAGGUCUUCGUGGACCGCGCCACCAACCAGAGCAAGUGCUUCGGCUUCGUGAGCUUUGACAACCCGGCGAGCGCCCAGGCCGCCAUCCAGGCCAUGAACGGCUUCCAGAUCGGGAUGAAGCGCCUCAAGGUGCAGCUCAAGAGGCCCAAAGAUGCCAACCGGCCGUACUGAGCCUGGUCCGGAGGCUCUGGAGCAGCACCUUUGGUGCCUCCCUAUUGCAGAGCAGUCCCCAUCUCCCCCCCCCCCCCCCCAGGUGGUGCCCGCAGGGGGCUCAGUCCUGCUGGGGGGGGGGGGGGGGGCACAGACCCCCACACGCUCAGGAAGGAUGGAUCCCCCCCUCCAGGACCGAUCCGGACCCCCCAGUCCAGGCAGGGCUGGGUGGGCCCUGGGUGCCAGCACCCCCAGCGCCCAGGUCCAACCUGCCCUGGUG